GGGCGCACGGCCUGCGCUUCCGGUUCCGGCGCCAUUUCCGGGCCGUAGGCUGCGCGGAGCCGAGAGUGGGGUGGUGGUGCCAUGGUGCUGCUGGAGAGCGAGCAGUUCCUGACGGAGCUGACGAGGCUGUUCCAGAAGUGCCGCACCUCGGGCAGCGUCUUCAUCACUCUCAAGAAAUAUGAUGGUCGAACAAAACCAAUCCCACGGAAAGGCCACGUAGAAGGAUUUGAGCCAGCAGAUAACAAGUGUCUUCUGAGGGCAACGGAUGGGAAAAAGAAGAUUAGCACCGUGGUGAGCUCAAAGGAAGUAAAUAAAUUCCAGAUGGCCUAUUCCAAUUUGCUAAGAGCCAACAUGGAUGGCUUGAAGAAGAAAGACAAGAAAAGCAAAAACAAGAAAAGUAAAGCAACGCAGUGAGGGAAUGGAAUGUCUCCCAUCAAUGCAAUUCAUCCAGAUACUUGCCUUCAGUAAAGUCCAUUUCUUAGAUAGCUUUGGCUUUACAUCCAGGAGAAUACUGGGAUGUGACCAAUAGUUUUUUAAACUGGAGGCAAAGAGUACUUUCUGUGGAUUCCUGUAUGGUGGGAAUAUUUACUGGGUUAUGCUGAAAUAGUUUCACUCAGCUGCCAACUAGUCUUGUACUUGUAUUGCUGUUCUAUUUUGUAUUUUUACUUGAGAUAGCCAGUGUAAACUUGGGAGGGAGGCAGCAGGGAAGGAGAGUGGCCUAGUCACAAGGAAAUGCCAGGACAGGAUCUUGAGUCUCUGUGACUGAAAGCCUAGUAUGAACUACUGGGAAAGUGGACACUAAGUAAUCUUAGGAACACUGACAUUUUAUUUUUCACCUCUCCUUCAUGGUUUCUAGGAGUUAGCAUAGAUCAAUAGUGGUAAAAAGCAUCAUCCUUAAGAUGUAUACAAAGAUUUGAUUCUUAGAUAAAUGGUUAACCUGUAACUACUGUGGUAGCUCCUUGCUAGGAGUAGAUACAAAAUGGUUACGCUUAAUUGUUUCAGUUAAACAAAAUAAGAAAUCAAUUUGAAUAAAAUAACUCUUAAUAACAUUCCCCAGUAAACAACUAGGAAUUAACCUGUUUAUGUGUACUUGGGAUUCAAACAGUUCUGACACCAUUUGCAGGCCCUAGGGGUAAGAACCAAGCCCACCUCCUGCAGUUUUGCUUUGAAAUGCCCUGAAUUUCUGAUUAGGUCUCUCUUCCUUCAUAAAGAGGUAAGCGAUUCCUCCCCACUAUUUGUUCAGGAUUAUGCUAUAAGAAAUGGGGUAUCUACAUUUUAUUGUAAAGGAAAACUGCAGUACUGAAAAGUUUGGUUACUAGAAGCAUCUAUACAGGCACAAAACUAAUUUAACUAAAAUAAAAGGUAAUAUACUUAAAAACAAAACCAAAAACCCCUACUAAUUCAGUACAUGGAAGAACUUUUAUAGAUAGGUAAUUGUUCUAGGUUAGUUUAUUAUGUGGAAGUAGAAGAACUAGUUAUACUCCUGAGUCUCAAGGAUCUUCUUAAGGCAGUUGUGUAAGUAUGAUAUAAAUAUCUAGGAUUAAGGCUACUUAACACCUAAAGCCAUUGAGUUUGGUGUCAACUUCAGUCUUCUUGAUAUAGUUGUAUGGGACAGUAUGGGUUGUUCCUGGUGCUUGGUGUGUCUACCCUGAGCACUAGGAAGAAUCAGCCAGCCUGCAGUAGGAGCCUGCUGUCAUCCCCUGUGCAGAUUCUGGGGCACACACCCCCUCAGGAACAUACAGCCCACAGUCCUCACAGAGGUUGGGGUGCAAAGCAGUAAGGGAUGUACCCUUCCCCCACAUCCACUGACAGUUCCCGUUGCAGCUGGUGCCAGUUGCUCCCAGGGCCACUGCAGCAGAGGCUAGGGUGAGUGGACAGGCUGCGCUGGGUCCUGCACCUGCUUGCUGCCACUCCCCCCAGCCUCUGCUGCAGUGGCCUUGGAAGCAACCAACACCAGCUGCCUGUACCACAGCAUGGGCGAGUGGGGGCAGGCAGAGCCCAGGUGGGGGGGGGGGCACAUGCAGAGCACAGUGCAGCCCCAGAAAUGCCACCCCUCCCCAAUUCCCAGCCUCCCUCACCACCUUGGGAACCUAUACCUAUUUGUUCCAUUAUAAAGUGGGUUCACUUUAUGCGAGGGAAACCUGUAUAGCCUAGAGCCAAAUUAGCCCUGAAUCUCUCCAAAUCAAUUCAGAGGUUUCUGAUUCUAUUCAGACCUCUUAAUAAGUCUCCCAAUUUUGAUUUGGAGAUUCAGCUGCCAAAUUUCCACCAAAUCAGCUACUGAAGCUUUACAGUCCUAAUUGUUAUGACAAGGGUUUUUUUCUUCCAUGUUAAAUUGCAGGGGGGAUGGGACACCUUAUUAGAAUUGAGUAAAUGCAGUACAAAUACAAAAAAAAUUGAUAAAGUGCAUUGUCUUACUAUUCUAGAACUAGAACAAAAAUUAAGUGAAAUUCAGUAAGAGCUUUUGAACUGAAAGACUGUUUCAGCUUGCCAAUCACAGUCCUGUCUGUAAGUAACAAUGUUCAGUUUUAGAGGAUCACAAGAAUUGUGUCACAACUUGCUUCUGAAGUAUAGAUAUAGUCAUAUUCUUUCAAGAGGCUUCAGUACUUAUUUAAAUUUCAAGUAAUGUGCAGUAAGAAUUCUGCUUAGAGUCUUCACCUGGGGAAAAUUCCUUUCCCAGAAUCAGUCUUCAGGCUCAAAGUGCAUCACACAUUUCCACUGGGGAGCAGUGUAUGUGCUGCCUCCUACAGGCUGCUGCUUCUUGGAUCAGAAGUAAUUAGGGUCACAUGUGCCAGGCACUAAUUGCUAUUGCUGAGUGGCACUGCCUUAUUAAUUAAUCCUCCCAGACCAGAAUAUAAGUGGGACUUGCAUUGCUCUCCCUUUCCAGAGGCACAUGGCAUUUGAGGGUACUUUUGUCUGGCACAGUACACUUGCUGUGUCAACAUGGCUGCUACUGAGCAAACAAAUACUAUUAUUAUGGAGUCCAGUUAAAAUACAAUGCAUGGCUAGUGCAUGAUUAUAAAACAUUUAUUUUGAAUUUGUUUAGACUAUGUAUGUUACAGUUAUUGCAUACAAAACCUUAGACACUUUACACUAAAAAAAUAAAAACAGUAUUUGCCCUGC